CAUACGUAGAAAGGAAGCAAAGGUCCGACGUUGCUCAUCGUGAUACAGGUCAGACGGAGAGUGAAAGUACCCCACAGUCACUACAAUUAGCCAAUAAAUAAGCACCGUUAUUAGCUUAAUUUUCUCGGGAGGGGACGAACCAGCUUUCUGUAAUCACGAUUUCCUUCUCUUCGGCUCUUUUCCCCAUAUUUUCUCCUAUUUUCUCUCGGUUUCCCUAUAAAUUUUUGUCCGUCUUCUCCGCUUCCGCAUUUUCGAAGUCGAAGACUCGCAAAUCUUUUCAUUGGAUUCUGUUGUAUUCGAGAAACGGAUAAAAAGGCGGAGGGAUUUGAGAUUUUAUUUCUUGUCCUCUUCUCAGCUUUCUUGGCAACCAAACAGAGCCGUGGUUCUGAUUUUUGGAUUAUAUGGAGGUAAGCCGUCGCUGACGGCUGAGCUAACUCUGGAGAGAGAAGGCUUACUGCAAGUUUCGAUACAGAAUUUGCUCCAGUUUUAGAGAGAAAGGAAGAGGUUUAGAGAGAGAGGUGGAGCGUGUUUGUUGUAGUUUUAGAGAGAGAAAGGCAUUUGCAGUUUAGGAGAGAGGGAUUCGUUGUUGAAAAGAGAGGGAGGAAAUUUUGAAUUCUGAUGGCUGGAUUUGCAACAAAAUGGUUGAUGUUGAUGAUCUUAUGCAGCUUUAUGCUAGCUUCCGCGUUUGUUUCAGGCGAAAGAAGCAUUAAACACGAAGCUUCAACAUUUAACGUAACCAAAGAGGCAGGAUUCAACUCAAAUUACCUUUCCAAAGUUGUAAAUUUCUUAUGGCAAUCAGACCGAUCUGGUUAUCAGCACGUUUGGCCGGAAAUGGAAUUUGGCUGGCAAAUUGUUGUUGGUAGCGUAAUUGGAUUCUUUGGAGCAGCAUUUGGGAGUGUGGGUGGUGUUGGUGGUGGUGGCAUUUUUGUUCCUAUGCUUAGCCUAGUUAUUGGGUUUGAUCCAAAAUCUGCAACAGCUUUAUCAAAAUGUAUGAUUAUGGGUGCAGCAGGCUCAACUGUUUACUAUAAUCUUAAGUUAAGGCAUCCUACACUUGAUAUGCCUAUCAUUGACUAUGAUUUGGCUCUGCUCUUCCAACCGAUGCUCAUGAUGGGCAUUAGCAUUGGGGUUGCUUUUAAUGUUUUAUUCGCUGACUGGAUGGUUACAGUUCUGCUAAUUGUUCUCUUCUUAGGUACAUCAACAAAGGCAUUCUUAAAGGGUGUUGAAACAUGGAAGAAAGAAACCAUAAUGAAAAGGGAGGCUGCUAAGCGUUUGGGAACAAAUGGUAAUGGUACGGAGGAAGUAGAGUACAAGCCUCUUCCUAGUGGCCCAAGUAAUGGCACUCAAAAUGCUACCAAUAAAUCUAAAGAACCUGAGGUCAGUAUUAUUGAAAAUGUUUACUGGAAGGAACUUGGGCUUCUUGUUUUCGUUUGGGUUGCUUUCCUCGCACUACAGAUUGCUAAGAAUAAUACAGCUACUUGUUCGAUGGCAUAUUGGGUAUUGAACUUCAUGCAGAUCCCUGUUUCUGUUGGAGUAUCCCUGUAUGAGGCAGUUAGCCUGUACAAGGGACGGAGAAUAAUUGCAUCCAAAGGAGAUGCUGGCACCAACUUUCGAGUACACCAACUGAUUCUCUAUUGCUUCUGUGGGGUACUUGCGGGCAUAGUAGGAGGGCUGCUUGGUCUGGGUGGGGGAUUUAUUCUGGGUCCACUAUUCUUGGAGCUGGGAGUCCCUCCUCAGGUCUCAAGCGCCACUGCUACCUUUGCAAUGACCUUCUCAUCAUCUAUGUCUGUUGUAGAAUAUUACCUUCUGAAGCGUUUUCCAGUUCCUUAUGCUGUAUACUUGGUCUUGGUUGCAACUAUUGCCGCCUUUAUAGGACAGCAUGUUGUAAGAAGACUGAUCAGUAUAUUGGGAAGGGCAUCUCUAAUCAUCUUCAUUCUAGCCUUCACAAUCUUUAUCAGCGCAAUCUCACUAGGUGGAGUUGGCCUAUCAAAUAUGAUAGGGAAAAUUGAGCGGCAUGAAUACAUGGGAUUUGAGAACCUGUGUAGGUAUGAAGUUUAGCAUAUAACCACUUUUUCUUUUCCACUUUCAAGAUUCCUCGGUCAGCUGCAAGAUCAACCUUAUGCUUUCUACCAAUUCUUGGGGUUGGGGGGUUGAAUUGUAGGUAAUUGUUUGUUUCAGUUCCUCGAAAUCUCAUUUAUGCUUUCGGAUUGUGAGAAUCAAACUUGCCUUUUCUUUUCUGCUUUC